CCCUAGCGUAGAAGAAUCUCAAUUUCAACAGAUUGUCACCCAAAGUCAGUUUUAAAUACAUAGUGGGAACUGGGAAGGUAAAGCGUGUCGAUUGGGAAGGAUCUGAUCUGAAGAUGCAGUGCUCAAGGCGUUUCCUCUUCCAGAUGUGUCUGAGUUUGCUGGUGUCCACGGGCUCCUGUCGGUGCAAACCACUAAACGAUGUCCUCCAAAGUGAAGAUCGCGGGGGCUUCUCUGAGACUUCCGAGCAGGACCUGGUCGAAGAGGAGGACAGGUUACACAGCUUUCUGGGAACCAUGAAGGAAGAGUUUCUGAGGAAACUCAAUUUAUCCGAUGUCCCACAGGAGCACAGCAAGAUAUACCCGCCGCCGUUCAUGAUUGAACUGUACAACAAGUAUGCCUCCGACACGUCCUCGAUGCCUCGUUCUGAUGUCAUUCGCAGCUUCACCGUUCAAGAUGUCAGUCACUCUGAAAAAAAUGGCACCAAGUCAAAACACAGACUUCUGUUCAAUGUAACUGUCCCAAAUCACGAAGAGGUCAACAUGGCAGAACUCAGGCUGUUCACCCUGCUGGAUAAUAGGACAACCUCAACCUCUACCAAUGGGAUCGGGGCUUCAAUAAAGGUCUAUGAAGUGGAGUAUAAAGGAAACAAGGCCAUUGCCCACCUUGUGGAUGGGAAAGAGGUCAUUGGGACCCAUCACUCUUGGGAAACUUUCGAUGUGACCACUGCCAUCCAGAGUUGGGUCAAGUCGGACCGCGGGGCCAGUGAGUUUGAAGUGGUGGUCGACAGGUGGGACUGUGGGCCUUUCAAAGGCGGAGGUUUGGACGUGAGCGUGGGCGUGGGCGUGAGGGAUAACACGGCAGCUGCUUUGAUCGUCUUCUCCGACGACCUGGGGAGCAGGAAGAGAGAGGCCAAGAAGGAGCUGAGGGAGAUGAUAGUUCAUGAGGAAGAGACACUCUUCUCAGUCAGCGACUGGCAAGGGACCGACUACAAUGAGAUCCCCGUGGACCUACACCCCAGGCGGAAGAGGCAGGCGGACACCAACUACUGCCGACGGACCUCCAUGCGAGUCAACUUCAAAGACAUCGGCUGGGACCAGUGGAUCGUAGCGCCCCCUGAGUAUGACGCCUUUGAGUGUAGAGGGGUGUGUUACUACCCCCUGACUGACGACAUGACCCCUUCCAAACACGCCCUCAUCCAGACCCUGGUCAAUCUCAAGAACCCCAAAAAAGCCAACAUGGCGUGUUGCGUUCCCACAAAACUCGACCCCAUCACGGUCAUGUACCAGGAGAAUGGUGUCAUCACUAUACGACACCCGUACGAAGAGAUGAAGGUGGCAAAGUGUGGAUGUAGGUAGUGAGAGGUAACAUCCAUGGGGGUCCCCUUAACCCGUUACUGUAAAUCUGUACAGUUCUGUUGUGAGAUGCAUUUGAGUUAUUUUAUUGAGUAUAUGUUCAGCGAAUGCACAGUCUGUCUAGAAUAGCAAUAAAGCCUAUGAUACAAUAUUUAUAAAUUAUUUAUGAGCGUUAUCAUUAUUAUUAUUAGGGUUUUAGAAAGUAAUAUAGAUCAUAAAUUGGAUCUACAGAUGUAGGAUCUUAGUUAGGUGCGCAUGCAAAGCAAUACACAACUCUAGAUUUCUUACAUACUCAUAUUAUUAUUAUCAUUUAAUUUAUUCCAUUCUCUCAGACGCUUAAACGACUUAAGCUAUUAACAUGAAUCCAACGUCCCAAUGUGCAGACUGCCCCAACAGACUGGCCACCAUUAGCAUAAAAUAACUCACCAACAAUAACUCUUGAAACGUUCAAGCUGGAGACACCAAACCAACUUUCACAUUUCCAGACGAUUCUAAUUUCAGAUUCUCUAAAACUUUAAUCAACUAGAACAAUAAACUUUGCAUAAAUUAGCAUAAAAUAACUCACCAACAGUAACUCUUGAACAGUACAAGUUAGAGACACUAAACCAACUGUCAUAUGUUCAGGCUAUUGUAUCUUCACAUUCUUUCAAAUCGUAAUCAACUAUAACUAUAUACAUGUGCAUACGUUUGCAUAAAAUGACCCACUGACAGUAACUCUUGAACCAUUUCAUCUAGAGGCACCAAACCAACGUCCAGAUGUUUGGGCUAUCCUAAUUUCAGAUACUUAAAAACUUGUAUCAAUCAGAGACUCUGGGUUCGCACCCAGGCUCUGUCAUAACCGGCCGCGACCGGGAGGUCCGUGGGGCGACGCACAAUUGGCAUAGCGUUAGGGAGGGCUUGGCCAGUAGGGAUAAUAUCCUUGUCUCAUCGCGCACCAGCGACUCCUGUGGCGGCCCGGGCGCAGUGCGCGCUAACCAAGGUUGCCAGGUGCACGGUGUUUCCUCCGACACAUUGGUGCGGUUGGCUUCCGGGUUGGAUGCGCGCUGUGUUAAGAAGCAGUGCGGCUUCCUGAGCCCGUACCGGAGUUGUAGCGAUGAGACAAGAUAGUAGCUACUAAAACUAUUGGAUACCACGAAAUUGGGGAGAAAAAGGGGUAAAAUUCAACAACAACAAAAAACACACACAAAAAAAACUACCAAUUAUAACUAUAUAUAUGUGCAUUCAUUUACUCUUCAGCCAUUCAAGCUAGAGACACUAAACCUACUUUCACAUGUUCAGGCUAUCCUAACUUCAAAUUCUUUAACACAUGUCUCAACUAUGACUGAAUAAAUGUGCAUAAAAUAACUCCCCAACAGUACGUCUUAAUCUGUUCAAGCUAGAAAUACUGAAGCAACAUUUAGAUGUUCAGGCUAUCCUAACUUGCAAUUCUUGAAAACUUUCAUAACGAUACAAAAUGUGCACACAUUUGCAUAAAAUAACUCACCAAAAGUAACUCCUCAACUUUUCAAGCUUAUAGGCACCAAACAAACAUUCACAUGUUCAGGCUAUCCUAACUUCAAUUAUUUAUUUAUUUUUUAACUAUAACUAUGGACAUUUGCAUACAUUUACAUAAAAUAACCUACCAACCAUAACUCUUGAACUGUUCAAGCUAGAGACACCAAACCAACUUUCACAUGUUCAUGCUAUCGUAUCAAUCAAAGCAAUCCUUCACCAGCUAGCAUGCACAUCACAUUUUCUUCAGAAAAUGCACUUUUCUAGUUUGAUCACUCUUUUGUUGCUGAGGAUUUUCCUGCACAGCAGGAAAUGCAAACUUGUCGUGUAUUGGAGUUUUUGAAAGGAUUCUCAAGUUUGUCAUUACCUCUUUGACAUUUCAGACUUGAUUUGCCCUAACAAAAAAUGUAGCAA